UUAUACAGAUGGAAUUUGGCUAAAAAGAUGGUCAGUGAAAGUUAUGGAUUGAUAUUUGGCCUGAAUUCAUUUGUGGCACUUAUUUUACAAGCUCUGUUGACAGUGAUUGUUGUCGAUAAACGUGGUUUUGGUAUGACUGUUAGAUCACAGGUUUCUUUUUUUUCUUCCAUUUAUUCUUCACCUAAACUGUUUCUGAGAAUUCCAUCCUUCAUUAAUUAUCAUAAUGUUACGUGGAUACGUCACGUGGAUAUGUCACGUACAACGUUGUCAAUGUUAUUGGUUGCAUUGACGAAGUGUACAUAUUUAAUGCGAAUA